ACUAGCUUAUCUCCGUUUAGCUAAGCUAACAUAACUGUAUAGUAUAAAGCAGCUUCAUUGUGUGCCAGCUGAAGCAUAGCCACGGUGAGCUCCGGGGCUGUAAACGGAGUGAGUGCGCGAGCCACUUCAGUCAGCCAGCGUUCGUUACCGCGUAGCUAACUCCGAGGAGCGCCGCGCCAAGCAGCGCUCCGGUGUUACGCCAAGUUAACGGUGUGAGCGAAGUAGCCCUCGGUUAGCUCAGGGUGGCAGCCAGCGGCGUGUUAAAGCCCCCCUCCACAGACUCCAGCCCUCCGCUGGCACUUAACACACAGCCACACGCAACCCAAACUUAAAGCGGCGCGAGGCUGCCGGAGCAGCGCCCUCUCCGGUCCUUCAACACGGGACUACCUGCGCCCAUUUCUUCACGUUUGUGCCCGUUUUUUUUUUUUUUUUUUUUAAACGGCGAGCUUCAUCACCCGGGAGCGUCUGCGCCGACUCGCCCCGCCGCCGAGCAGCCCGAUAAGAUGGGAGCCUGCUGUUGGCAGGGCGGGAGUCCAGAUGGGUGAACUUGAAGGUACUACCGAGACCAUUUUUGGGGCUGCUGCUUGAGGACAGUGGGGGCUCUCUAAUGAUCCCGCCGUUCAUCCAAUGAACCCCCUUAACUCCAUGAAACCCUCCCUUCCUCCCACUCCACAAAGCACUGACGGCCCCUUCCUAAAUGAGCCAGUCUCCUGGCAACCAGGCACCAAUCAACACCCGAGAUCUCUCUCUGUAGUAACCACAGUGUGGGGCGUGACCAAUCCCACACACAGCCAGGUGUUUGGCGCACCCAUGGGCCCCGGCGAGAGUUCUGGUGGUCACAUAAUGCCCGUUGGCAGCCCAGGGAUGGGCGGCAGCAUGGGCUCCCAGUUUAUGGGCCAGCAGUCGUACGGGGAUGGUGUGUCUAAAGGCUACGGCCAGCCAGUCAUGUAUGGACGCCCCAGCACCGCCUACAACCCGGCACCAGCAUACGGAGGAAGUUACUCUGGCAACGGUGGAGGCUCCGGCCUGGGCGUCCGCGCUCCCUCAGACUUCACUCAGGCUGCCGCUGCGGCCGUCGCUGCAGCCGCCGCCACAGCCACCGCCACGGCCACGGCCACUGUUGCAGCAAUACAGGAAAAGCAGAACCAGGAGCUGAGCUACAGUCAGAUGGGUGGAGCAUCCCCUUACAGCAACCAGUUCCUGUCUCACUCAGGGCCCCGUGGCCCCCCAGGAAUGAACCACGGCGGGAUGGUCCCCCUGAGGCCCGGACUGCCACCUUCCACGGGCGGCUUGUAUCCCUCUCACCCCGCGCAGGCUCAGAGGAUGCCCCAACACGGCAGCUUCUCGGGCGGACAGCAAGGCCUUAAACGGCCUUUCCACUCAGAGGGUUUCCCAGGGCAACAGUACGGGUCCGGAGGGAUGUCUGGGUAUUCUAACCAGCCUCUGCAAUACCCCUCUGGUCCUCAGCAGAGAUGCGCACCGUCGCCCUCUUACCCCUCCGGUCGGAUGCCUCACAUGGGACCGUACACGGCUGUAAACCACAAUCCAGCGCAGUUCCCUCCUGGUGCUGGCCAGACCAAUCCUUCUCAGUUUUAUAAGUCAGAGCCUUUCAACGGCCAGGGCAGUCUACCUUCUGGAGCAGCAGGGGGAUACAAUGCCUUCACACAGGCUGCAGUUAACGGGCCAGGUCGAGGUGCAGUGAUCCCUGGAUACCCCACCUCACCGAUGGGAGGGAAUCCCACCCCGCCGAUGACGCCAGGGAGCUCCAUACCCCCCUACCUUUCCCCAGGCCAGGACACCAAGCCGCCCUACCUUCCGCUGGACUCCAAAGCCAACAUUAGCACCCAGCAGCCCUCUACGGGUAAUCCAAGCGAUGACCUGCGCCUGACGUUCCCGGUGCGAGACGGUGUCGUGUUGGAGCCGUUCCGACUGGAGCACAAUCUUGCUGUCAGUAACCACGCGUUCCAGCUCCGAGAUUCUGUCUACAAAACACUGGUGAUGAGACCCGACCUGGAGCUGCAGUUCAAAUGUUACCACCAUGAAGACAGGCAGAUGAACACUAACUGGCCGGCCUCUGUGCAGGUCAGCGUUAAUGCAACUCCACUGUCCAUUGAGAGAGGCGACAACAAAACCUCUCACAAGCCCCUGUACCUAAAGCAAGUGUGUCAACCGGGACGCAACACGGUGCAGAUCACUGUCACGGCAUGCUGCUGUUCCCACCUGUUUGUGCUGCAGUUAGUGCACCGGCCGUCUGUCAGGUCUGUCCUGCAGGGCCUGAUGAAGAAGAGGCUGCUGCCGGCCGAGCACUGCAUCACCAAGAUAAAGCGAAACUUCAGCAGCGGCACCAUCCCCGGGACGCCCGGUCUCAACGGAGAGGACGGAGUGGAGCAGACGGCGAUCAAAGUUUCCCUCAAAUGUCCAAUCACGUUCAGACGAAUCCAGCUGCCAGCAAGAGGCCACGACUGCAGGCACAUACAGUGCUUUGACCUGGAGUCUUAUUUGCAACUGAACUGUGAAAGAGGGACGUGGAGGUGUCCUGUGUGCAAUAAAACGGCUUUGCUCGAAGGUCUGGAGGUCGACCAGUACAUGCUCGGCAUUCUGGUCUACAUACAGAGUUCGGAUUAUGAGGAGAUCACCAUAGACCCGGUGUGCGGCUGGAGGCCGGUGCCAAUCAAACCUGACCUCCACAUAAAGGAGGAGCCCGACGGCCCGGUCCUGAAACGCUGCCGCACAGUCAGUCCGAGUCACAUGGUCCUGCCGAACGUGAUGGAAAUGAUCGCCGCCCUGGGGCCCGCGUCGUCCCCGUACCAGAGUCUGAAUCCAGGGGGCAGGAACACCCCCGACUACAGCCGGCCAGGAAGCCAGGGAUUCUCCGGCCAAACAGGAUUCACAGACUUCCCCAACACUCCUGGGACCCCGACGCUCGGAGAGUACACCUCCUCCGGACCACCAGGCCCCCUCCCCUACCAGUCUGAGCAGGCGGCCCACUCUGGAGGAAUCGAACACUCGCACAGCAUCCUGCAGCAGCACGUAUCAGGAGUGCGUAACAGCCAGAGUCUAGGCGAGGCCGGCAGCCCGCUAGCACAGAGGAGCUCAGCUACACAGAACCCGCGGCUGCAGGGAGAAGGCGCCUUCGGCCUGGGCGCUCCAGCAGGGGAGGGGGCCGAUCACGCUCUCGAUCUUCUUCCUGAGCUGACCAACCCCGACGAGCUGCUGUCAUACCUGGGACCCCCCGACCUGCCGAACAACAACAACGACGACCUGCUGGCGCUGUUCGAGAACAACUGAGCUGCGUUGGGCGGGAGCCAUCAGCUGAAGAGGGCGGCCAGCCCCUGUGUGUGCAUACCAGUGUUUCUGUUUGUCUUUUGUCUUUAAGUGUCCUACUGUACUCUGAAGUCCUUUCAGUGCAGUGUAGAGGUGCAUGAAGGAACGUGGUGAGUGAAGAAGAAAGCGCCUAGCAGGCACUGACUUCACGGGCCAGCAUUUCAAACACAAGCACAAGCCUCAGACUGGAGGGGGG